GAAUGAAAUGGAACAAUGUCAAAUUUAGUUCAAACAUCAGAUCAGAGUGAUCAGUCUGAGAGUAAAUAAAUCUUAAUCAGUAUCAGUGUUUUCUUGAUUUCCUAGGAUUAGAAGUAUCUAGGUAGCAAAGUAAUAAAAAUAGCCGGAAACCUUUUUUUAUAUAUAUUAAUUAGAAUGUUUUGUGCCAAGAUAUAUUAAUAUUACUUGUGAAAAUGCAUUUUUCGAUUCCUGACGUGCAACAAUUCCGUGAUGAUAAUGGAAUCACUUAUACGGGAUAUAAUAUUUAUAUCGAUGGAUUUUUUCAUUGUACUACGCGAUAUAAACAACUGCUCAGUCUUCAUGAACAACUUCAGGCACAAAAUCCCUACCUCAAGUUACCACAGUUUCCACCAAAAAAACUGUUCCUCACAAAUUCUCAGAUUGAGGAAAGAAGAAUUCUUUUAGAGAAAUACAUACAAUUAGUGGGACAAAAUCCUAUUCUGGCAUACUCUGAUAUACUCACAACAUUCCUUUUUUCCGCUCAACAAGAAACUCAUUGUGUCAGAGUGCAUGAAGUUGAUAUAGAAAUAUUUUUAAUGAAUGGCUACAGAAUACCACUAUCGGUAUCAUCAACAGAUGCCUCCGGUGUUGUCUUGGAUAUUGCCUGUAAUUAUAUUAAUUUAUCAAAAGACUUUGUAAAAUUUUUCUCCUUAUACUUAUUUAAUUGGAGCUGUGCAAAAGAUGGUCAGCCAUGCUUGAAAAAGUUAGAGGAAUAUGAAUCUCCAUACAUAUCUCAGAAGUAUGUUAGGCCUGAUGACAAAAUAGUUCUCCGUAAAAGUUAUUGGGAUCCAUGUUACGAUAUGGAUGUAAUGUCUGAUAGAGUGUCAUUAGACUUGUUAUAUUUACAAACAAUACAAGAUAUUGAUUUAGGAUGGAUUGUAGUGAACUCACAAACAAGAGAUAUUUUAAAUUCACAUGAAUCAAGGAAAGAAAAGAAAGAGUACAUAGAAGUGGCUCGUAGUUGCCGGUACUAUGGUAGAGUGCCCGCGGGCGAGGCGGUAACGGAAGCGCACCACGUGACGGGCGGAGCGACGAGCGGAGCGGGCGGCGGGCCGUGCCGCGUUCGCGUCUCUCUCGCCUCUAAGGAGCUGACGCUGACCACCAUUACCCAACCCGUGCGGGAGCAGCGCUACAAAGUUACCAGGAUGAGGUGCUGGAGGAUUACAACACUGCAUACCAUGGAAAAACCACAGACUAACGGGCAUGGUUCCUUAUUAGAAGACACCAAUAAGCAUUUUGAGCUUUCCUUCGAGUACCUCAUAAGUAAAGACAAUCUUGAAUGGAUAACGUUAAGGACCGAGCAUGCAAUUUUCAUAAGCGUAUGCUUACAGUCGAUAGUGGACGAGCUGAUGCGUCAGAAGAGCGGUUGCGGGCCGUCGUCGCCCCGCUGCAAGCGCGGCGGCCUCACGUACUUGCGCCGCGAUGGCUCCAGUCAGCUCAUCACUCCAUCUUCUUCCAGCGACACGCUCAGCUCUGUUAACGGAGAUUCAAUUACAUCCGGCAGUUCGCGGGAAAUAUUUUCCGUUCAGAAGUUAACAGAGAAGUUCGCGUCCGUCUCCUUCAAGACAGGUAAAGAUUGUGUCGAAAACAACGCCUUUGAGGCGAUAGGAGACGAAGAAUUGUAAAUAUUUUCUAAUAUUUUUACUAACGUUGCCAAUGAUAUACAUUCAUGUAAAAAUAAAUAAAAUCUAUCAAAUAUUUGUACAGUUUCGAAACUAUUUUAUGUAGAUAUACUGUUUUUUUUUAAUUUCUUUGUGGCUAUGAAUUCUAAAACUGCCAUCCACUUGC